AUGGCAAACCCGAACUCUGUUGAUGGUUUGUUAUUACAAGAACAAUGUUGGCUUAAUAGUAUUCGUUCUCAGUGGCAACAAGUCAAUCUUCCAAUUAAUUGUCUUAGACGUUCUAAACGUUUUAUUCCACUUAUGGAUGUUCUUACAAGAUCUAUUCAAUGGUUGGAAGAAUAUGGGAGUGUAGGAGAUUUAAUUUUUGAACCUUAUUCUGAGGAACUUGAACUACUCGCUGAAUUUCCUGAUACUUUGUAA